AUGAAAACAAGAUUCAGAUUCUCCAUCAAAACCCAACUUCUCCUUCUUUAUUCUUCUCUAAUCCACUUAUCAUCAACCCUCAAACCACCCCCACUUCCAAUUCUACCCCUCCCCACUUCAUUCCAACUCCAAUGGCAAAACGACAAAAUGGCCAUUUUCUUCCACUUCGGAACAAACACCUUCACCGACGCCGAAUGGGGUUCCGGCCACGCCGACCCAACCACCUUCAACCCUACCAAACUCAACGCAUCUCAAUGGAUUCACGUUGUCAAAGAAUCUGGAUUCUCCAGCGUUUUGUUAACAGCGAAACACCACGAUGGUUUUUGCCUGUGGCCUUCUGAGUACACCGAUUAUUCAGUGCGAUCGAGUGGUUGGAGAAACGGGAACGGUGAUGUGGUUGCUGAACUCGCUGAUGCUGCUAGAGACGCUGGUGUUGGAUUUGGGGUUUACCUUUCGCCGUGGGAUCGGCAUGAAGAGUGUUAUGGUGAUACUUUGCGGUAUAAUGAGUUUUACUUGGCACAGAUGAAUGAGUUACUCACUAGGUAUGGAGAAAUAAAGGAUGUUUUUCUGGAUGGUGCAAAUGGAGGGAAGGGCAUGAAAUAUUUAUUUGAGAGUUGGUUUUCUCUCAUUCACCAGCUUCAUCCAGGUGCCAUCAUUUUCUCCGAUGGCGGUCCUGACACAAGGUGGGUUGGUAAUGAAUAUGGAGUUGCUGGAUCCACUUGUUGGUCUCUUUUCAAUAGUUCCGCUGUUCAAAUUGGUGGCGACAUUGAUCCUCAAUACCAAAAGCAAGGAGAUCCAUAUGGUUCUGCAUGGCUGCCUGCUUUUUGUGAUGUCUCUAUCAGACCUGGUUGGUUUUGGCAUGCUUCAGAACAUCCAAAAUCUGCAAGGGAACUACUCGAAAUAUACUAUAAAUCGGCCGGUCGAAACUGUAAGCUAUUAUUGAACGUCCCUCCAAACUCCUCAGGCCUUAUUUCCCCCGAGGAUAUCCAAGUUCUUCGAGAGUUUAGUGAACUUCGACGCUCCAUAUUUUCCCACAAUUUGGCGGCAAGCGCUUUCUUUAAUGCAAGCAGCACAAGAGGAGGAAUCCAAGAUUCUCGCUUUAAUCCCUAUAAAGUUCUUGAAGAAGGUAUUCACACUUAUUGGGCUCCUGAGGAGAACCAAUCUAAAUGGAUAUUGUACAUAGAUCUCAAAGAACUAGUAUCCUUUAAUGUUCUGAAAGUUCAAGAGCCUAUUCAUAUGGGACAAAGGGUAAUUGAGUUUCAUCUUGAGGUGUUGAACCGAGACGGUUUUUGGAAGAGAGUUGUAAAUGGUACCACAAUUGGAUAUCAGAGGCUGUUGCUGUUUCCAAAACUAAAAUCUCAGUAUUUGAAGCUAGUUGUUGACAAGUCUAGGGCAGACCCUUUGAUAUCUUACUUAGGAAUCUACUUGGAUCGAGUUACAGUUUUGAGCAAGGACAUGCCUGAUAAAAAAUCAGGUACCUAUUUCAAUGGAACUCAAGUUCUUUGCAGUACCACGAAUAAUAGUUCUCGAAGUGCUUCAAUGUAA